AGAAACUUCACUUGGCUGUAUUUGGCACUGUUCUUCUGGACAUGACAGAGCAUGUGAAGAAGUAUGGGCUUUACUGCUGCUGUGCCACAGGUCUUCAAGAACUCACAUAGAAAAAAUCUGAUAGCUCAGUGGUUUGAGCAUUGGCCUGCUAAACCCAGGGUUGUGAGUUCAAUCCUUGAGGGGGCCACUUAAGGAUCUGGGGCAAAAAUUGGUCCUGCUAGUGAAGGCAGGGGGCUGGACUUGUUGACCUUUCAAGGUCCUUUCCAGUUCUAGGAGAUUGGUAUAUCUCCAAAUAUUUCAUUUCAAAUAAUAAUCCAAGCCAUUUCUGUUUCCUGGGCAGAGUGGCAGCCACCAUCUUUUUCAAUAACUUAUUAACCAGUGUGGAAAAGGGGGUUGAGGGUGAAAGACACUGGUCCUUCUCUCGCCUUUUUCUCUGUGCUCUGAUUUGUUUCUCUUCAGGCAACCAGGCUGCCUCCGAACGCCUCUUUAACUAGGGCUUGUCAGUAAGAAAAUGAGCUAUUUUACUGUGCAAUUACAGUGCCUGCUGAAUGCUUGUCAUCACAGCAGUAGGAACCUGCUCUGAAGUGUAUAUCUGCUGGAGAGGGAAUUACAGCAACCAGGGCAGAAGUUAUAAAUAUGCAGUGAGACUUGCAUACCAAACUCCAUCUGUUUGUGUAAGUAUAUAAAACACUGACAAUAAGACACGGAUUUUUUGGCCAGCCAAGGAAAUAAAUGCUCAUAAGACUCCAUGCUUUUGAUGGAGUUAUACUCAGGAGAAAUAAAUAAUUAGGUGUGCUCAUAAAAGUGGGUAGGAUCAAAGAAGUAAUAAGUAUGUACUGUAUAGUGUAGGCAGAGGUAUGUAAAUACAUAUGUAUUCUGUCUGAAUAAGGUCUCCAGUGACCUCUUCAUCAGCAAAUCUGAGGUCGUCUACACCAUCCCCCUCCUCAAUCUUCUCUGCUGCUUUUGACACGAUCACUUGUCCUCUUUUUGACAUUGUGACUUCACUGAGUUUGAGGUCCUCUCCCCUCUACCUGCUUUUUCAACGUUUAGUGACUUAGGGCAGUAUAUAUAGCAGAGUGGUGCUGGUAGAGAGAGUAGUACAAAUCAGAGAGUGAGGGAAACGAAAUAAGAAGCCUUAAAAGGUAAAAAGGUUGGGAAUAACAAAUGGUGAGGAAGCCAGAGAAAAUGAAAACAGAUCUAGAUGGGAAGUGAGAUUAUGUUGGGCCUUAUGAGGCUGAGACAUGAAACCCACUUCUGGCACCCUCAGUAACUCAGGCUAUCACUUCUGCUUUUCUUAUGCCUGCCUUCUCAGUUGCCUUCUCUCAGAAGUGUCUCGCUGUGCUAAUCUCCAACAUCACCUAUAGUUAGGCGGACAAUGCAGUAAACUUAACUAACUAGGUCUGGCUAUUUAGUUACAAUUGAGCAAGAAAAACUUUCAUGCCCUCUACUCAGACUGACAGUGCAUGAUUUCAUCCUCUUUUUGUCAUGCCCUAGCAUCAUGUCAGUCCCUCUGUGAUCUUCAAUUAAUUGCCCCUGUCUUCAUAUGUUAACAAUGAUCAAUUUUGCCCCUCACCCCUAUUUAUAAUGCCUUGGUCAGUUCAAGGUAUUAAGUCUUGAUUAGCAUUGUGCACUUUGCUGCUUCUGUUAGCUCAAGACUCAGCACCUUGCGUUGUCAAGUUACAGUCUAUGCUUUAAAUUCAUUAUCUUCGUUAAAUGAAAUCUUUAAUUCAUGGCCUCCUAAUUUCACACAGGUGUAUAUUGAACCGUGCAAUGGGCUUUUUAUACACUUCAAGGAAUUCUUCUGAGUCUAUGUAAAGGGCUCUUGAAUAAACAGACCUUGCACAUCACAACCAAUUUGGUGUUUUUUAAGAGUUACCUCUGACACUCAGGGCCGGCUCCAGGCACCAGCGAAGGAAGCAGGUCCCUGGGGCGGCCAAUAGAAAAGUGCAGCACUCCGACCAUUAUUGGGGCAGCACGUCCGGGUCUUCAGCGGCAAUUCGGCGGCGGGUCCUUCAUUCCGUCUCUUCCUUUUUGGCGGCAGCUCAAUCGGGUUUUUCUUUUUUUCUUUUUUUUUUUCCUUGGCUGCUUGGGGUGGCAAAAAAGCUGGAGCUGGCCCUGCUGACACUGGAUCUUUUCAAAGGAUCUCUAUACACCCAUUCUCCUCUCUAGUGUCUCUGGGUAAACAUCCCACUUUAGGAGAACCUUUGUAGGAUGUUAAUGGUUCCUCCUACUCAGGUUUUUCAGGCUCAAUUGUCAGAUAAAGUAUCAGAGGGGUAGCUGUGUUAAUCUGGAUCUGUAAAAAGCGACAGAGAGUCCUGUGGCACCUUAUAGACUAACAGAAGUGUUGGAGCAUGAGCUUUCAUGGGUGAAGACCCACUUCAUCUUCACCCAUGAAAGCUUUUGUCAGAUAAAAUCACUUCUUUAGACUCAGUAUUUUUUCUUACCUAUUUAUAGCAAAUAAUAUAUAGCAGUUUGUCAGGACUCUGAAUGUCACAACUUGUUUGACUUUCCUUAAGGAACCCUCACUGACUUUUGGUCUAUACUGAAAAUUGAGAUUUUAACGAACAGAGAAGGAGUGCAGGAUGGGUAAGUAUUUCCAGAUGUACCACCGUGGUCCCAGUUCAUAACACUGACACCAGCUUCAAGCCGGAAUGCUAAAGGUUUAGGUGCUACCCCAGGAAUGGGAUGAUAUACUAAAGCUGACCCUUCUAUGCUGUUCCAGUAGGUUACAUUACAAGUCUCCUCUUUUGGAAUAAGACCUAAAACCUUUCCACCAGCUUUGGUGGCUAUCCAAGUGGAAGUAAUGAAUAGGUGUCGCUGCAAAUAAGUACAGAUGUUAUUGGCAACAACCCCCCUAAAGCCCAGCUGAGUUUCAGGCCAGAGUGUAGAAUGGAGAUGAUCAAAAAAUUUUCCUUAAACAGCUGCUUUCCUUGUCUGGAAUCGCCCUGGCUGGCUCCAGAAAUUGGAAACCGAGCAAGCAAAUAAAUAAAUAAUCCUGAAGUAGUGUGGACUGACAACCAGAUAAGCAGGGCAGACUGGACUUGGUCCAAAAGCUUCUAACAGCAAAGGUUGCUUCUUGACCCUCCUCAUUUAACAGAUUGUGUUGAAGCUUAUUUCAAGAACAAAGAAGAUUUUAGACUGAUGUUGCACAAUGAAAUAAUGUUUUGGCAUCUAGGAGGAAAAUCUUGUACUUCUCAUUGUGAAGCAAAAAAUGAAGACCAAUAUGCUUCACAUUUGCUCAAGGUUCCUGCAGUCCAGACAAGCUAGUUGUUUUAAAUGCAUGAGAAGCAACUGAUAAACUGAACUGAUUAUUCUUCCAUGUCUUGUUUUGUUUGUUUGUUUCCAGGAGAUGUCACUGUUAUGCAGCUACGCAUGCACUUUCUGUCUGAUAAAGGCUAAUGACGAUAUAAAGAGAUUUGUUAGUGUUAGAUUCUCCAUAUUAGUAGCAAAACUCUGGCCCUUCUUCACAGCCUUACUGGAAGAAGUUUGGUGAGCUGUUGGGACCCCAUUGUGACAUCAGGCCUGAGCAUGCAAUGAUGUCAUCAGCAUUCAGCUAUGAGCAAUCUUGAGGCACUUCUGAAUCCCACAGAGAAGGAGAAUUUCUCUCUCUCGUUCCCCUCAACACCAAAUGAACCAGUUAGGAAGUUGCUGCUUCAGUGUGACUGAGGAGGCCUCAUUGCCUGAGAUCCAAGCGCCGCUUAUCCUUUCCCUAAUAACACCUGAAGAUGGGACCUUUUUUCUUUCUGCUCUACGGAACAAAAAGCCAACAGAGCCUGUGACAACUCAGCCAACUCGUGGGGUUGGCAUGUCCACCAUCGCAACAGUCGUACGGACCGGAGGAGAUUGGACCACUGGCCUCUUUGGUAUCUGCAGUGACAAGAGUGUUUGUGUCUGUGGGGCCUUGUGUAGCCCAUGUCUAGAAUGCAGCCUUGCAAGGCACUAUGGGGAGUGCCUCUGUUUCCCGCUGCUGCCAGGUUCCACCUUAGCGAUGAGAGUCGGCGCCAGAGAGAAAUACAAGAUACGAGGAACCCUGUGUGAAGACUGGAUGGCAGUUCAUUGUUGCUGGCCUUUUGCUGUUUGCCAAGUGGCCCGAGAGCUGAAGAGGAGGGCUACGACCCAGAUCUAUGAAAUAAACACUGCUCCUACAGCUAAAGAUACCCUAGUUUAAAAAUUCCCAGCCAGAAAGCUUGACUCACGAUACUUCCCCUCCUGCCAAUGUAAAAUACCUUAUUUUUAGAAAUAAAAUGCAUUUGUGUCUUACAGCAAAGGCUUUCUAAUACUCCUGCAAGGCUGUAUAUGUUAAACUGUGAUAUAACACCUAAUCGUCUCAGCUGCAAAUUUCCAUAGUGCAACCAUAUUAUGUGGUUCAAUGAUCUAAGGCCUGUUCUGAAGUAUGGCACUGUUGACCUCUCUCUCUGGGUA